AUGGCAAGCAGCCGCUACGUUGAGGGCAGCUGGCGCGUCGUGCCGGACGGCGAGACUGACGGCCUGAUUGGGCGGUGCACCACGUCCUCCUCCGCCCCACGCUCCGUCUGCUUCGAAACCGGGCACGUCGACCAUGUCUCGCGCAAAGCCCUCCGUCGUCCUGCCCUCCUGAUCUAG